CUAGCUGGAGGACAGAUGGUUUGGUGGCCUGUGGGUGCAUCCCUGUUUGCCAGCAACGUGGGCAGUGGCCACUUCAUCGGCCUGGCCGGCUCAGGAGCUGCCUCGGGAAUCGCUGUGACAGCCUACGAGUGGAACGGGAUGUUUUCUGUUUUGGUGCUGGCCUGGCUGUUCCUUCCCAUUUACAUAGCAGCAGGAGUCACCACCAUGCCAGAGUACCUGAGGAGACGUUUUGGAGGCAAAAGAAUUCAGAUUUUCCUGGCAAUUCUCUACCUGUUCAUCUACAUCUUCACCAAAAUAUCAGUGGACAUGUACGCUGGGGCCCUCUUCAUUCAGCAGGCCCUCCGCUGGGACCUCUACAUCGCCGUGGCCGGGCUGCUGGCCAUCACUGCUGUCUACACUGUGUCAGGUGGCCUGGCAGCUGUGAUCUACACGGAUGCUCUGCAGACUCUCAUCAUGCUGAUUGGGGCUGUGACUCUCAUGGUCUUCAGCUUCAUUGAAGUUGGUGGUCUUGAAGGUUUGCAGACAAAAUACUUUGCUGCCAUUCCCAGCACCCGCAAGGAGAACAGCAGCUGUGGCUUGCCACGAGAAGAUGCUUUCCACAUCUUCAGGGACCCUGUCCACUCUGACCUUCCCUGGCCAGGAGUCCUGGUGGGAAUGACCAUCCCAUCCAUUUGGUACUGGUGCACAGAUCAGGUCAUUGUUCAGAGGUCCCUUGCUGCAAAAAACCUCUCUCAUGCAAAAGGAGGCUCCUUGAUGACCUCCUACUUGAAAAUUUUGCCCCUCUUUAUCAUGGUGAUGCCAGGCAUGAUCAGCAGGGUUCUCUUCCCAGAUCUGGUGGCUUGUGCAGAUGCAGAAAUAUGCCAGAAAAUCUGUGGCAACCCAUCUGGCUGUUCUGAUAUUGCUUAUCCCAAGCUGGUCCUAGAACUGCUGCCUGUAGGACUCAGGGGCCUGAUGAUGUCAGUGAUGAUAGCAGCUCUCAUGUCCUCCCUGACUUCCAUCUUUAAUAGUGCCAGCACCAUCUUCACCAUGGACCUCUGGAAACACUUCCGUCCUCGGUGCUCCGAGUGGGAACUGAUGAUCGUUGGCAGGGUCUUUGUGCUGCUUCUCACUGUGGUCUCCAUCCUGUGGAUCCCACUGGUGCAGGCUGGCCAGGGUGGGCAGCUCUUUAUCUACAUCCAGUCCAUCAGCUCCUACCUGCAGCCCCCUGUGGCAAUGGUGUUUAUACUGGGCUGCUUCUGGAAAAGAGCAAAUGAAAAGGGAGCCUUCUGGGGCCUCGUGACCGGGCUGCUGCUGGGCGUCAUUCGGCUGGUGUUGGACUUCAUCUACCCGGAGCCGCGGUGCGGGGAGCCGGACCCGCGGCCAGGCGUGGUGAAGUACAUGCACUACCUCUACUUCUCCAUGCUCCUGGGCGCCAUCUCCACGCUCACCGUGCUGGUGGUCAGCCUGCUGACAGAGCCCCCCCCGGAAGGAAUGAUAAGUCGGCUUACCUGGUUCACACGCGGGGAUCUACCAGCCAAGAAAGACCUCGCAGUCAGCCCUUGCCCUGAUGCUGCCAAAGGAGUAUGUGAAACUGAGUGCCCAGCUCUCCAGCUUGAUCUAAGCCUUGCUUCUGAAAAUAGUUCAGAAGAUAAGAAAUGUCCAACCAACAGCAGCAAAAGGAGCUCCAAGCUGAUGACAGCUAUUCUGUGGCUCUGUGGGAUGGAGCGCAGAGAGGAGAGUGCUGAGAACGCGGUACCCGCUCCAACCGAGCCACUUCCCCUGGCUUCCCUGGAGGAGAAGCCACUGGUGAAGCACAUCUUGAACAUCAGCCUGCUCUUGUGUGUCUGUUCUGGGGUCUUCCUCUGGGGCUACUUUGCAUAG